AAGAUGCCCUCGCCUUGCCGCCGCGCCCUUCUGCUCCUACUGGCCCUGCUGCUGCCCUCGCCAUCCCUGGCCCGCGCCCCUGCUGCCCCGGGCCCUGCCGCCUCCCUGCUGCGGGCUCUCGGGUUGUCCGACGCACCCCGGGACGCCCCCACGUCCCGGCCUGUACCCCCGGUCAUGUGGCGCUUAUUCCGCCGCCGGGACCACCAGGAAGCCAGGGCGGGCUCAAGGAGGACACCCCCGGCGGCCGCCCUGCGGCCGUGCCACGUGGAGGAGCUGGGGGUCGCUGGAAACAUCGUGCGCCACGUACCGGACCGUGGCGCGGCUGCCCGGCGCCCGGAGCCCGCCUCGGCUGCCGGGCAGUGCCCGGAGUGGACCGUCGUCUUCGACCUGUCGACCGUGGAACCGGCAGAGCGCCCAAGCCAGGUUCGCCUGGAGCUGCGCUUCGCGGCUGAGGAGGCGUCGGUGGGGAUGGCGGGCAGCUGGGAGCUGAGCGUGGCGCGCGCGGGCCCUGGUCCGGUGCUGCUCCGCCAGGCGGUGCCCGCCCUGGGAACGCCGGUGCGCGCUGAGCUGCUGGGCGCCGCCUGGGCCCGCAACGCCUCGGCGCCGCGCAGCCUCCGUCUAACACUGGCGCUGCGUCCUCGGGCCCCCACCGUUUGCGCGCGCCUGACCGAGGCCUCGCUGCUGCUGGUGACCCUCGACCCGCGCUUGUGCCACCCUCUGGCCCGGCCGCGGCGCGAGGCCGAGCCCGCAGUGGGCGGUGGCUCGGGGGGCGCGUGUCGCGCGCGGCGGCUCUAUGUGAGCUUCCGCGAGGUGGGCUGGCACCGCUGGGUCAUCGCACCUCGCGGCUUCCUAGCCAACUACUGCCAGGGAAAGUGCGCGCUGCCCGCCGCGCUGUCGGAACCAGGUGGGACGCCCGCGCUCAACCACGCGGUGCUGCGCGCGCUCAUGCACUCGGCCACCCCCGGCACCGCCGGCCUGCCCUGCUGCGUACCCGCGCGUCUAUCGCCCAUCUCUGUGCUCUUCUUCGAUAACAACGACAACGUGGUACUGCGGCACUACGAGGACAUGGUGGUGGAUGAGUGCGGCUGCCGCUGAUGGGGGCAGGUGGGCGGUGGCAACAAUAAACACUACGUGGUCCGCUC